ACAGAAUGUCUCACGAUAAACCCUGUCGUGCGUGUACAGACUUUAAAACGUGGGCAAAAAAUCAAAAUAAGGCUUAUGAAACUGCAAAGUUUUAAUAAAGAUUAUGACCAUGAAGAGUAAGAAACAUGACCUUAAGGGAUUCAAAACAAUGUGGAUUCAAUUUGCAAAGAAAAGUAUUGACAAACAUCAAUUAUUCUUUAAAGAGCAUUCUGUCAGACAUCAAUUGCCUGAACAUCCAAGAGGAAGAACAUUAUUUGUCUUGAAUAUACCACCGUAUGUUACAGCUGAAGCAUUACAGACAGUAUUUAGUGAAAUUUUUGGAAAUGUUACUGACAUUUUCUUUGUAACACCAAAUGGAUUCAAAACAGCAUAUAUAGUUUUUGAAAAAGAAAGUGCAUUAGAGGAAGUAUUAGAUUCCUCUCCAGAUUUUGUAAUAACAAUAAAUGGAGAAAAAAAUAUUUGUUUUACAGGAUUACAAAAGUGGCGUUAUGAGUAUAAUAACUCAAUAUGCGAUGAAGAUAAAUUGAAGGAAGAAAUUAAGACUUUUAUGGAGGAAUAUGAUAGAAAGAUAGCUGAGAAAAAAGCAAAUGAAAAAGCUAUGGAAGAACAAGCACAAGAUAAUGAUGGUUGGAUAACAGUAACUGGACAAAAGAAGAGGGGAGAAUAUGCUCUUUCUAGAAAAGAAUCUACUAUCACUAAAGUGCAAUAUAAGGAAGAACAAAAGAAUAAGAAAAAGCAGUUGCUCAAUUUCUAUACCUUCCAAAUUCGUGAGAGCAAAAAACAAAACUUAGCAGAAUUAAGGAAAAAGUUCGAAUUAGAUAAACAAAGAUUGCAAAGUUUAAAAUCUAAAAGAACAUUUAGGCCAUUUUAAUUUUUUAUGCUUAUCAGUGUAU